CGUAAAAUUUUAUUUCCAGACGCUGACGGAAGACAUUUGUAGACGCACACACUUCCGCAAACUAGAGCCGCUUUCUACUGAACCAGGCUGCCCGUGUGGGUUGAUGUUGGGUUAGUUGUCUCGGUGAUGGAUCGCAGCAGAUCACCCGACAGAGCUGGCAGAGAGAAGAAACACGAGAAGAAGAAGAAACGAAGACGAUCCUCCUCUUCUUCGUCUUCAUCAUCGUCGUCUUCUUCAUCCAGCAGCAGGAGUCGAAGCCGAUCGUCAAAGAAAACAUCACUCAAAAGUCAAGAUGUGAAGACACAAAAGAAGAAGCGAAGAAGAAGCUCCUCUUCUUCGUCGUCCACCUCUUCUUCCUCCUCAUCUUCUUCGUCGUCGAGUGACGAAAAGACAAAGAAGAAGAAGAAAAGUAAAGCCAAGAAAAAGAAGUCGAAGAAGAAAAAGGAAAAGGCGAAGCUGAAGAAACAGAAGAAAAAGGAGAAAAGGGAGAAGAAGAAGCUGAAGGAGGAGAAGAAGGAGAAGAAGAAGAAAGCAGAGGUGGUGUUGCUGCCUCCAGUAGAGAAGCCUCCAUCUUACCUGGAGGUGUGGCAGAGUGAUGAGGGGGCAGUGGAGCUCGGACCUGUGAUGACAGACGAGCAGAAGGCCCGACUCGCCACUAAGAGGCCCAUCACCAAAGAGGAGUACGAGGCCAGGCAGAGUGUGAUCCGCAGGGUGGUGGACCCAGAAACAGGACGCACCAGAUUGGUGAGAGGAGAAGGAGAGAUCAUAGAGGAGAUGGUCAGCCGAGAAAAACACAAAGACAUCAGCAAGCAAUCCACCAAGGGAGACGGGAAAGAAUUCCAGAGGAAAGUGAACCGGUAGAAGAUGACGUGAUCUACUUCAGGAGCGGAGCCUCAACAAGCUGAACAUUGAAGCGUCACCUCAAACGGCUGCGUGUGAUUUCACUGAACAGUAUAAAGGGACAUGCACUCGUGAUGUUUUUAAUGCAGAUAAAAGACAAUAUCUCGUACUGAUUUGCCUUAUUAAAUCUAUGCUGGAGUUAGUGAGCGACUUCCGUUUUGUGUCGACUGAACUCUGCACAAGGAAGAUGGUUUUAAUAUUCAAUGAUGAAUGUGUUUUGUCCAUGUUUUCAGUGAGGUUGUCUGUCUUCUGUACCUGCUACUCAGAUGAUGUGACUGAAAACAGACCGACAGUCAAAUGUUUUUUCAUUUUAAAUAAACUGAUUCCUGUUGUACAAUACGAA